AGCGUUAGAACAACAGAGGCAACCGGUGCAUCAGCGCCAUCCAUGAUCUACAUCAGAACGGACUGUGCCACAGGAAACCCGGUCAAUAUCACGUCAGCAGAGUUUGGCGAGUUCCGCCAGCACCUCACCGCCCGCGAGACCGCUCAAGAAUGUUCCGGUAUUCUCUCUCUGCGUCAAAUGGAGACUAUAAGAAUGCAUAUGAAGGACGUCGAAGGCUCGAAGGCUCGUCUAUUAACUUUUUGAAUGCCCCGACGUUGGCUCGAUGACAGACUCUGCUGUAGACCAAGCCUUCGCGACAGCUUUCUGCCAAGCAGCGAUCACGACUGUACUGCUAUACGAUUACGGUCUCACGUUCGGACAAGAAGUUCAACACUUUUGGAAUGGUCCACCUUCAAAGUCGGCGAUCCUGUUCUUUUCGAACCGCUUCGCACUAUGGUGCGGUGCCAUUGCAACCGGGUCAACCUGGAUAUUCUUCGGGUACAUCGUUCAUCAGCGUUCUGUUGACUCAGACAUGGUUGAAGUUUGUAAUGUGAUCAACAUCAUGGCGAUUUUACUGGGCUCAGUGCCGUACAUCAUAUGGGCAGCAUUUUCAGCUCUCCGCGUUUACGCUGUGAGCGAACGUGCCUGGAGCUGGACAGCACUAGCAUUAGGAACUAGUCUAGUCCCGUUCCUUGCGAACGUUUGGUUUGCAACCAAGCAAUCGUGUAACCCGGAUCAGAUAGUGUCGCUCUGGCUGACAACACCACAUUUAUCUACGUCUUCCGCAAAUAUCAAACGAGUGCUCAUUGCCACUCGGGUGUCCAGCAUACUGUCCGAUCUCAUGGUUCUAUCUGCAACUUGGUAUUGCACAUACCAUGUACUCCUGCCGAGAAAUGAUUCAAAUGUCAAAACCUCCUUAUCAAAACUCCUUCUUCGGGACGGGUCUCUGUAUUUCUUGUUUCUCCUUGCGCUGAAUGUAUCUCAUACUGUGAUAUUCUACAUCUACGACAUCGACUUUCUAGAACAAUUUAUCCCGUCAAGCAUGAUUAUCAUCAUUUCCCGGUUCAUGCUCAAGAUACGCGAGGUUCAUUUCUCCACGGAAGACCCACUGGCCUCAGACGACGCAUCUUACAUCGAUGAAGAAAUGCCGUCCACAUAUUCCCACCUGUCGACCGUGAUCUUCCAUCCAAAUACUCUGGCAGUGCCCGAGCCGGCAGCGCGAGUAUCAACGCGUGCAAGAGAGGAUGAUCGGGUCGAGUGUGAGCAAGGCGUGCAUAUUGGAAUUGACCACUGCAGUAAUCAUGGAACGGAUGUCGAGCAGGCUCGGAAUUCAGAGGGAAGAAAGGAAUGCUGGUGCUUCUCUUGAAUAGAUUCUUUUGAUAUGUUGACUAUAAUCGAGAUUUCUGGUCGCUUGCGAUGAUUCUGCCACUGUAGCCUAUCUGUCUCUCUCUGUAUCGUAUUAUAAACGUAUCAUCAUUUGCCAGUCUUCGUACAUAUGUAGUUGAUACGAUGUUUUAUCCUUCUUGGAUCACCAAAGUCACG